CCGUCAUUACCCUCUCUUCCACAGAAAUCUCGUGUCCACUGCUGCUCUGUUCUUUCACACGGGCGCGCUGCGGCGGCGAUUCCCCACCGGCGAGAUGUCGACGAAUGGCCUGGAGCUCAACGGCAACUGUGGAGCCGACAUCGCCGGAUUGGAGUUUGAAGUUUUCCCAGUGGAAUCCCAGGAUUCCAUGAGUGCUCCAGGCAUAGAGCUCGAGAAGAACGGAGAAGAAGGGCUGAUCAAAGAUGGGCACAGAUUUGAUGUGUGCUCUGAAGCUACAAGCGGCUGGACGAGGAGGGUGAGGCUUGGGAAGGUACCUGAUGAGAGGCACAUGAACCCGGACAGGAAAACUGCACUUGAGCUGUCUGUCCGAGCUUUUGCCGAAAAAUGUGAAGGGCAUGUCAUCAAUCCAAAAAUUGGCAUGGAGUUUGACUCACUGGAUGAGGCGUAUGAGUUCUACAACCUAUAUUCAUGGGAAACAGGAUUUGGGAUAUGGCUGGCAAAAAGCAGGCUGAACGUGCAAAGAAUAAGAUGUAUGCAAGAGAUUGUCUGCGCAUGUGCGGGGUCCCCAUUGAAGGAGAACAGCCGUUCUUCGCAGUGUGGUUGCAGCGCAAUGAUACGGCUGCUCCGAUCAAGAGAUGGCGGUUGGUACAUAUCGGAGCACAAAUCAGGGCACAACCAUCCGCUAUCAAUUACGUGUGGACAGAAAACGCAUUGGAAGUCACAUAGGCAUAUAGAUAGAUACACCAAAGAUCUUGUGAAACAGCUCAGGGAUAAUAAUGUUGGCCUUGGGAAGGUUUUCAGCAUUGUUGGUAGCUUCUUUGGUGUCGCGGAGAAUGUCCCUUUUACAAAAAGGUCGUUGAAGACAUUAUGCAAGAAGCUCAACAAGGAGCAGUCAGAUUUCGAUGCUGUCAAGACAAUGGACCUGCUUGGGGAGAUGAAAGCUAACGAUCCAGAUUUCAACUACACCGUGCAGGUUGACGAGGAGAGUCGCAUAAAGACACUUAUGUGGGUGACCAGCAGGGGGUGCGAUCAGUACAGGUGUUUCGGAGAUGCAAUAACAUUUGACACAACAUACAGGACAAACUUGUAUGAUAUGCCGUUUGGUCUCUUUGUUGGAGUCAACAACCACUUCCAGAGCAUAAUUUUCGGUGGAGCGAUGAUGAGGGACGAGAAAGAGGAAACAUUCAAAUGGAUCUUCAAGGAGUUUGUCCGUAUGGUGGGUGGGAAACACCCGCAGACGAUACUUACAGAUCAGGCACGCUCCAUGGAACUGGCGAUCGAAGCAGAACUGCCAAAUACCGUGCACCGUUGGUGCAAAUGGCAUGUUUUGAAAAAAGCUAAGGAGUCCAUGGGUGUUCUUUGGAGCAAGAACAGCGAAUUCAAGCUGGAAUUUCACAAGCUUGUCCAUCACAUGAUCACGGAAGAGGAGUUUGAGGAUGGCUGGAGCCAGAUGCUGGCGAAAUAUUCUUUGAGUAAACAUCCUUUCUUGACCCAGAUAUAUGAGGUCAGGCAUAAGUGGGCGAAGCCGUACUUCAGAGGUGUGUUCUGUGCCAGGAUGACAAGCACUCAGCGGAGCGAGAGCGCCAACCAUCUAUUUAAAGGUUACGUGCCGCCAGGGUGCCCAAUGCAUCUGUUUCUGAAGCAGUUCCAGAAACUGUAGUUUGAUAGAGAGGCGGAGGAGAGUUUCCAGGAGAAGAGGACAUCCCUGAGAGGUGUGUGCCUCAGGGUCAAUCUUCCAAUUGAGAGGCAUGCUAGCAAAGUUUACACAAGGGCUAUGUUUGAAAAGUUUGGUGAAGAAUUGUAUAAGUGUGGUGCACAUGUGUUGGAUGAGGUGGUGCCUAGGAGGAUAUAUAAGUCGACCCAUGUAGAAGCGGACAAAAGGGAGAAGUGGAGCAAAGUUGAAUUCAAGAUAGAAGUGGAUGAAGACGAGAGUUUUUUUAGUUGUGAGUGCGGUUAUUUUGAACAUGCUGGGCUAGUGUGUUGCCAUGCACUCCAGGUGAUGGUGCACUUCCGGCUGCAGAAAAUACCACAGAAGCAUAUACUUAAACGAUGGACGAGAGAGGCGCGUGACAUUCUUCCUGACCACUUGGUUAGGUAUCAGAGAGACAGAGGGCCCCAAGCUAGUGACACAUUAAGACACCACACAAUGUACAUGAAAGCGCUUGAAUGUGUUGUGCUUGGAGACAGCAAUGUUAAAUGCUACGAUGUUUUCAUGUCUAUGAUGAAAGAAGUACAUGCGACUCUGCUCCCAAUAAGCGUUGAUAAAGAUGGAAUGGGGCUUGCAGAGAGAGAGAGAAAGAGAAGCAGGAUGCGGGGCUUGCAGAGAGAGAGAGAAACAGAAGCAGGAUGCAGCGCAGAAUGGCCGUGCGCCAAUGGAUGGCGAUGCUGUGGUGCAAAAACAUACAGGAGAUGGUGAAUCCAGUUGCUCAGCUGUUGGCCUGAAUGAGAAGAAGAGGCAGAGGGGGAGGCCGACAACCAGCAGGGACAAGGCUCCGUAUGAGCAGCAACUUAAGCGGUCGCGUUUUUGCACUAUUUGCAGGGAGCAAGGGCACAAGUGUACAACUUGCCCCCAGCGAGGCAAUUUGCCUAAGGCUCCAAGGAAAUCGCCGAAAUGCACUAACUGUGGUGUCGUUGGGCAUCGGCGCAAUGCUUGCGACACUAAGAAAACUGGCCCGUUUGAGCCAAAUUUCCUUUAGGCAGUCUGUUUUGCCUUGCAUCUGUUUUUUUACUUGGCGUGUGUUCUUUUGAUGUUUUCCAGACUUUAAAAUCGUGUAUGUUUGAACUGAACUCUGAGAUAUGUUGCAGGAAUUGCUUGCUGCUGAAAAAAACAUUUUUUGUGAAUCAGUAGAUGAUGAUGUAUGAUCAAGAAAA